AUGACCGUCCUCGUCCCACCACAUCUACACUCGCACAAGCACAAGCACCCACGGGAGGACUCGCAAACGACCAGCUCCGGGGCCAGUGGAGGCGGGGAAGGCGGCGGUUCGGGGGACGGAAUGGGGCCGUCGAUAGGGAGCACGGGGAGUUUGAGCACCUUGGGCAAGAUCGGGCGGCAUGUCUCCCAGUCGUUUCAAAUGUCCUUGGACAUCGUUAAGACCCAUCUGGGGGAAGAGCUCGUCUUUUGCCAGGUGUGUCGGGAGUAUGAACGCGUGAGCAAGACCUACCGGCUGGGGGCGUGUGGCCAUCGGUAUUGCCGGGGGUGUUUUACGUCGUAUUUGGAGUGUAAAAUUUCCGAAGGCCAGAUCCACCCCACCUGCUUCUACAGCGAGGAAAACGGGAGAACAGGGCGAGAGGGAAGAAGGUAUAGGACCAUCCCACGCCCCUGUGCGACGCCGGUUCUCGAGAGCGAUAUGUAUACCCUGGUGUGCCCGGAGACCUGGUUGAAGUACGAGCGGUUUAAAUUUCAAAAAGCCCACCGUAACGCCCGCAUGUGUCCGUUUUGCGACUCGGCGGAGCUGGGGGACGCGGAGCAGCCGGCGAUGACCUGCAGCAAAUGUGGGAAACAGUUUUGCUACUUCCAUGCCUCAGCGCAUCCGAACAAGUCGUGCACAGAGUACGAGCAAUUGACGCACGAGGAGACCCUGAGGAACCAAGCGAUGAUCAGCACGAUUGCUAAGCCGUGCCCGGGUUGCGGGAACCCGGUGGAGAAAUCGGGGGGAUGCAACCAGAUGGCGUGCGUGUGGUGUGGGCAAAACUGGUGCUGGCUGUGCGGGAAACUGGUCGACAAUGGUACCUUUCCGGACCAUUUCCAGUGGUGGAAUGUGAUCGGCGGCUGCCCGAACAUGCAGAUGCAGGAGGAUUUGGAACCUCCUCCACCGUCGCACAUCCGCCUCGUCAAAUUUCUGUCCAUUCUGCAAUUGAUUUUUAUCGGCCCGGCGGCCUUCGUGAUUGGCACGGGCUUGUACAUCGCCUGCUUCCCUUGCUUUCUCUUCAAAUGCGUGGGGGUGAUCGGGCAGGGGGAUGACGAGCGGGAGAACGAAGAGGGGGGACGGCAGCUUCGGGCGCACUACACGGGCUGCAUUUCCUUCUGGGGCAACACAUUG